AUGGCAAACAAGCAGGGCAGCAAGGGCAUGGAGGAUGAAGAUGAGCCUACAACGCAGGCGCUGGAUGAAGACGACGUCAUCAUCAUGCGAACCUAUGGUGUUGGCCCAUAUGUGGGGCCCAUCAAGACUGCAGAGAAGGAAGCCAAAGAGUACAUCAGCAAGAUCAAUAAGCUGAUCGGGGUCAAGGAGUCUGACACCGGCCUUGCCCCUCCAAGCCAGUGGGACUUGGAAGGCGAUAAGCAGAUGAUGAAGCAGGAGCAAGCAUUGCAGGUGGCCCGCGUGACGAAGAUUAUUGACCCCGGAACCGAUGACACAAAGUACGUCAUCAAGAUCCGUGAGUUCGCGAAGUUUGUUGUUGGCCUUGGCGAGAAGGUGUCCGCUACGGACAUUGAGGAGAGUAUGCGUGUUGGUGUGGACACAUCUCAUGGUGGAAAGUACAGAAUUCAAAUCCCGCUGCCACCCAAAAUUGACCCGUCUGUCACGAUGAUGACCGUGGAGGAGAAGCCGGAUGUCACCUACAAUGACGUGGGCGGAGCUAAGGAACAGCUGGAGCGACUGCGCGAGGUCGUUGAGAUGCCUCUGCUUCAGCCAGAGCGGUUCGUUGCUCUCGGCAUUGAUCCGCCGAAGGGCGUGCUGCUGUAUGGGCCACCCGGCACCGGAAAGACCUUGACAGCACGUGCCGUUGCAAACCGUGGGAGCCUUACCACCUUGCGUGCGUUUGCGUGCGUGCUGCAUGGAAGCUUCAGUUUAGCUGCCCGCGUGUUCGGGGAAGCCAAGCACCCUCGAAUCGCAAAGCGCCUGCACGGUCAAGACUACUCAGGAACCGAUGCUUGCUUCAUCUGUGUGAUUGGCUCCGAGCUUGUACAACGCUAUGUCGGCGAAGGGGCACGGAUGGUGCGCGAGCUCUUCCAGCUUGCCAGGACGGCAUCUACCACAAGCCGCCCGUUAACAAUCCUGCUGUCAACUCAUCCAUUGAGGGUUCUUGACCGGUUCUUUGCAUGGCAUGGGACGCAUGAAGGAAACAAUGAGGCUUCCCAAUUGCCAGAGCGAAAAGCCAGGACCAAGAAGGCCUGCAUCCUUUUCAUCGAUGAGGUGGAUGCCAUCGGCGGCUCCCGCGGUGGAGACGAAGGUAACAGCGACAGCGAGGCAGUGUUAUGA